GCAUGCAGCUCUCAGUCAUUCAUCUCUUGGAGAGUGGAGAGGAAACUACAGCACAAAGAGAAAACCAAGAUAAAAAAUAAAGUUCUGCGAUCAGUUUCUCAAUUAAGACUUUUUUUCUCAUCACCAUUUAUUUUUGCAACCAAAAGAACUGAGCUGCAGAUAUUUCACUUUGCUCCUUCCGCUCUCAGUGGAGAUAUCCCCACUUCUCUCUCCUGCAGCAGAGGACAAUUUUCUGUUUGUGAAAACUGAGAAAAUUUACAAGCGCCAAAACUGUGCCUGCUUUUGAGACAAUCUGUGCAUCAGAAGGCAGAGUCGUAACUUGAAUGCCUUGGACAGAGAGAGUGGAGCCCUUCUUUGCUGUGUGUGUGAAAGGACUGGCUGGGUUUUUUUGAGGAGGUGGAGGAGGAGGUGACCUCAGGAGGACAGCACCACGAUCGGGGUGCUCUGGGAAAAAGCUCCGGGAAGAGGAGGAGGAGGAGGGCGCGUCGUGCUGGGGAAGAGCAUCCUCCCAGCCUCUUUGCCACCCUCAGGCACACACCCUUAAGACAGCAGGAGUUCAGUAAUCUUAUAAAAUUAACUGGAGAGGAGAGAGUAACUCCCUGUUGUACAAUAAAGUGAGUUUAAUUAAAAUAUAAAAACUAAUAAAAAGCACAUCAACUCAAAUUUCACAGACAUAUAGACACAUUUAUAAAUCAUACAUAAACACAGACAACCAGGACGCCCCGGCUCACCGCUGCAGAAUGGAUCUCGCACCAAUCAGAGGUUUAUCUGAUGUGCCUUGAGCACCGGGAGCUCUUUGCCCCAGACCCGGCUUCCAACCCUGGUGCCAUCCAGCUGGCUGACCAGGAUGGACUCUACUCAUUCCUUCAGGAUGGAGCUGGACUCAGUGCUGUCGCUUGACCAGAUACGUGCCAUUCGGGCCAACAAUGACUAUGUGGAGAAGCCCGUGGCACUGGAACCUGCAACACAGUCUGGAUUUUUUUUGGUCCACGAUGACCGUUACCCUCACGGUGCAUACAUCCAUCACCCUCAGCCUUCCUUCCCCUCAGCCAUGUCCCGCAGCCAAAGUCAACAGCAGCACACUCAUCUUUCCCAUUUGAGCCGUUCCAGUACCAUAAGCUCUUCUAUGUCACGAACAAGUGCCACCUCAGACCAGCGGCUCCUGGCAGGUUUGACACCAUCUCACUCUGGCUUAGGUUCAGUGGUCCAUUCACAGCCUAAAGGGGACCUGAAGCCUGAUUCUUUGGGUAAACGCCUGGCGGAAGAUGAGGCUGAGCUCAGUCUCCAUCAGUUCAUCUGCGAGCGGUGUGGUCGCUGUAAAUGCCAAGAGUGCUGCACCCCGCGCCGCCUGCCUUCUUGCUGGGCCUGUGGACAACGCUGUCUGUGUUCUGCUGAGAAUGCCGUGGAGUAUGGCACAUGCUUGUGCUGUGUCAAAGGUUUAUUCUAUCACUGCUCUGCCCAGGAUGAUGAAGAUAACUGUGCUGACCAGCCAUGUUCAUGUGCUCCAGCCCACGCCUGUGCCCGCUGGAGCACAAUGGGACUGCUGGCGCUAUGUCUGCCCUGCCUUUGCUGCUACCCCCCUGCCAGGCUGUGCCUUGCUCUGUGCCGGUGUGCCCACGACCGGGCUACGCGGCCCGGCUGCAGGUGCAGCAACACCAACACUGUGUGCCGCAAGAUUUCCAAUUCCAACCCUAAUCCAUGCCAUCCCUCGCUCCGCAGCAAAGCUCUGGAGAAACCGUUAUGACAGGCUUGAAUGAGGGCCAAGUAAAUGAAUUUCCCCUCAGAUGUGGCCAAAAGCAGUGCUGUCGCCAGUCAACGGUCCCUCAGUUGACAUCAUGACGACAGUGCCAUUGUGACCCAACUACCUACCUAUGACAAGCCAACCAAUCACCCACCCAACCAAACAACCAAGUUGUUCACCUAACGUACCUUUAUUUCUCCAACUCAGGAGGGACCAAAGCUUUAAUGUGCCUGCUUAUGUUGGAGAAUUAAUGCCUGUGUUGAAGAAUAAGAAGCUGUUGUGCUUUGCUGGACUGACACUUAAACCUUAACCAAGACACCUAGACAAAAAACAAGGCAAAACAAAAAAACAUGGUGCAAUCUGGGCAUGUUAAAAUGUAUUUAUUUAUUAUUGAACCUCCUCCCUUCUCAACCCUUUGCCACUCUCUGUGCUAAUUCUUUGCAAAGGAAUAGAUCAAAAAGGAAAGAAGCCUGCAUAUGGACUUUGCAAACAGGUUCUGACCUGAACAGAAGAAGUGUGAGAGACGGAGGUUAAAACUACAACGAGAUUCAGAACUUUGAAAAAACGUUAAAGAUGAACGAGGAAACCAGUGUUGUACUGAGGUGAACAUCUUACUGAGACUCAGCAAAGCACCAAGAUAUAAAGUGAGAUCAAAGACACCUGUAGCAACAGUUUGACACCAAAAAGGGACCAUUCACUGUACAAACUGUGUGAAUUUCAAUGUUAUUAAGCUCAUUUGUAAACGAAAAGCACUGUGAGGUAGAUGGACAAUGUUUUCCCUGUGAGCCUAGAGCUCACUGGGGGAUUAUUUAACCAGAGGGAGGAUGCAUCUAUUGUGAGGCAGCGUGCGUGCGUGUCCGUCUGUGUGUGUCCUCCUACUGUGCAACAACCUGUGUAUGAGCCUGUGUGUUUGUUGUUUUAUCAGCAGAAGAAGCCUGCCUUGUGUUAUUUUUAGCAGUCCUGCUUCGCUGGAGCUCUGAGGGUCUGGUCGGGUUUCCUCCUGAAGCCAGCCUGUCGCCAACCUCCCUCGCUCCCUCAUCUGACCCACCUCCUUCACAAUCCUCUCCUCCACUACUACACAUUACCACCCCCCACCCCACCCAUCAGUUCGCUUCCCAUUCUGAAAUCAAAUGCCAUUUCUGAACUUCCAGAUGAUCCAAAUGCUUGGAGGGUUCUGAAAACCAUAUUCUUAAUGAACCAUCUAUCUAUAUAAUCCAUUAAGUGUUUUAGCAUUUAAAAACAAAUUCUUGAGUUAACAUGGGGAGACAUUGCGUCCUAUAACCUUAAAUAAAAAGCAGUUGACUACUUGGCUGAAGAAAAGGACACGCAAGGAAGGUAAAGAAGGUAAAAAGAAGGUAAAAAAUUUAAUAGUGCUAGAGGGGUCUUAAAGGUUGAUAUACUAAUGAAUCCUCAUCCUAGGGUAUCAAAUGCUGUGCUUUUGCCAGAAGCUGCUGUUGCACAGAUAUGCACAAGGGUUGCUUUGGUCCCAGUGCCUUUACGCACCUUUGGAGGUCACACUCAAUGCUGAGAAUAAGGGCCGCUUAUUAACCAGGAGUUUGUCAGCCAGGAGACAGCAUGUUCUGAUCUUCAGUUUGGGGCUUUGCACUUUGUUUGAUUGGUGCAAUUUCCACUCACUUUGUUCUUUCACUUCCUGGUUAGGAGUGGUUAGGUUUGAAAAUACCCCUUGAAAAAACAGCCUCACCUGGAGUACUGAGGCCAGCGUUCGUGUGAAGACAGGAUGUAUGAUAGGAGUACCACCAAAGCAAACAUUGUACAUAUGUACGAGACACCAAUGGCUUUGACAAAAUAGCAGUAUUUGACUCCCUAGAGCUGGACCUGAGCUUGGAUCACAAUUUCAUUUUCUGUUACUGAAAUUGGAUAGAAAAUUUCAUUAGUUCCCACCUUCCUGGACAAAACUUCAAAAAAUAACGGUUAGUUACAGGUAAAGGCAAAAGGUCUAAAACUGAUCCAAACAGCACUAAAAAUGACCCAACCAUCAAAAGCAGCCGACACAAGGCACAUUACACACCCAUACUGCAUUGUAUAUCCCUACUGUCUCGUCCGCCUCUCCUCUUAAGCUCAGACGGCUAAAAGCCUUGAGUUCCAGGUCCAUGGAGAGUUCAUCAAACAGGCAAUUAGCUUCAUGAUAGCUCUUAAUGGCCUGGAGAAGAAUGGAGCGUGGGAGGGAGGGAAGAGAGAGGACAGGAUGAGUAGAGUUGUGGUGUUUGGCAAACAGACAGAAUGGUGAGGAGGGAUGCUAAGAGGAAAGAAAAGGAGUCUUUCGAUGAAGGGAAAGUAACAGAGGAUGUUGAUGGGUCCAUGAGGUCAUUUGGAAACUACGAGUACUCAGUAAAAACAGUGUAGAUUUAAAUUUCUGGUUUUCGUUUGUUUUUUUUUAGUUUUUUCAGGACUUCAGGUGUUGAUGCAAAACAUUAAUGGAACACAUUUAGAGGAGGAUCAAAAUCAGUUAAAAAAACACACACAAAGUAUGCAUGUAUGUUUGCUGGUGUGUAUAAGCAUGUACAGGUUUUUAAGCGUGUGUGUUCAUGUUUGGAUGCAUCUGGGCGUGCGUGUGCGUGUGUGUGUGUGUGUGUGUGUGUGUGACACACAUUGACCUGAUAUGUUAAAUGCUCCUUUGUUAUAUUUUUAUAUGUAAAUAUGGGCUGUUAAGUGUAAAACUAUUUUUAUUCUGCUUUAUUUUGUUUGUAUGAGAUUGAUAUUAUGGCUAUAUUUCAUUAUUGUGAACUUGUAGCUACUUGUAGAGUCCACAUUCAGGAACUUUUAGGGCAACUGACUGCAAUGCAAAAUUACUCCUCAUUAACAUUUUUAAAAAUUAUUAACAUUGUUGGAUUUCAAAGGGGUUAUUUAACAAUCCAGAUAGAUGUAUAGAACCAGUGCAAUUACAGUUACAUACAUUAGUCACUGCUGCACAAAAUGGUUCUAUACAAUUAAAAAAAAUAAAGACUCUCAAAGAAAGAGCUUCUAACAAUGAACCUCUUGAGGAGGUUGAGGUUGAGGAAUUUUUGCAAAUUUCUGAAGCAGACAAUCCAAAUCAUGUAUCAGGGUUAGGAGACAAUCAUUCAUGCAAUCUGUGAAUGUUUUCAAGUAGCAGCUGUUAUUACUGUCACAAAAGGAAAGUGAGGCAGUGGGUUGCAAACAGGCGAAGGCUGAUAAUGACUUUAUGACAGAACAAGUAACCAUUUCUAACAUUAGAUGUGCUAACAACAUUUUAUAGUUUAGACUGGAGGAAACUGAAGACUUGUCGGGGGUUUGCUACUGAACUACUGCUAAUAGGGUGCCUUGGAGCUAAAGGAGUAAAUUUAAAGGGGACCUAUUAUGCUAAUUCCUUAGAUUUUACCAACUUUGCAUGAAUGACAGUUUAAAAUAAUCCUUAUUUAUCUUACACUGGGCUGUGGUAACUGAAAGUCUUCAACUUUCUUCUGAUUGGCUGUCUGUUACAAACAAAAGACUUGGAUAGAAGGAGGGUGGGGCUUUGGUGACCAUACUGACAUCAUGCAGAGCCAAGAGUAAAAUAAAUUGUAAAGAAGUGAAUGUUUGGAGGAGUCUGAAACCUAUGCUUUAGGCCUAUAAGGAUUAUGCAACAGAAAUGUGUAACAUGUCCUCUUUAAAUAUCUUCGGGCCUUCACCAAUGCAUUGUGCAUUCUAAGGAAGUGCAAAUGUUGCCCUAAAUGUUUCUGGUCUCGUCACAGGUUCCACUUUGAUAGAUGGAUUGGCAACUAUGGAGGACACACUCAGUUUAAAUAUGACCUUUUCCCUCAUUGUUUUUUAAUAUUCCACCUUUUUCCACAGUUAUUACUGUUCAAAGUAUUGGCAUCCAACAACAACAAGAAAAACAACAGUCCAAGUAUUUGAUAUCCGUUAAGCAAAUCACCAGGGUUAACAUGUCCACCUUAAUGCUAAUGAAUCUGAAAAGUUACCCAACAUCGCAACUGCCAGUUUUAGCUUCUUAAUGAAAAGAUAUUAGAAAUUGCUUGAAAAAUGGCAGUGUCAUGAAAGUGAGCUUUUCAAGGAAAUGUUUGAUAGCUGGCGUAUUUUACCUUGCAUGCAUCUCUGUGAACAACAAUGCUUCAACGGCAACAGAAAAUCCUGACUGAAAACAAUAGUGUGAGUGUAAAACUUUCAAAAUGGAAACAUUUUCAUAUUCAGCUGCAUCACUGUGGACAUGGUUUCUGAUGGGUUUCCACACAGAUGCGCACAUUGUCUCCUUUAACCCUGGCUGAGCGACUUCAGUCAGAUCUUUGGUGCUUGUGAAGAUGACUUGGGGAAGAUUUAUUUCUAUCUGGAUUGUUUUUUCUAUCUGAGCGGGAUGAUAUUGCACAUGUUUUUUAGCCAACUGUAUUUCAUCUGUGUUCAGAGUAGCUUUAAUAUCUUUGCAGUGACAACUAUCCAAUCAUAAUCUCUACAGUAUGCAGUCUUUUGUAUGUACAACAGAUACACACAGAGGCAUAAGCAAUGCAUUGUGGGUGGGGUAUGAGUCAAACGUUUUAAAAACCUCAGUAUAGUGACAAGAGCUAAUGAGAACUAAUUAGCUAGAUAAUUGUAAUAGAAACAGCACUGGUGUUAGUAAACCUGAGUAAGGCACCACUGUUUUUGUCAUUUCAACUCCAUUUUUUUCAGUUAUUUGAGGGAAUUAACAUCUUGAAAUAGUGACUCCCCCGUACCGCAUGGCUUGUGCAUCUGUAUGUCAUAAAUAAAGUGCUCCAGUUUAAAAUCCUAAACAUUUUCAACAUUGUCCGCCCUCAGGGCCGGAGCUCAUGUCUGAACCUGUGUGAUGCUGUACGUACGCAGGCUGCCACUAUAACCACUACACUUCUCCUCUCGUGUCUUAGCAAGCAUCGCUUUUGGUACAAAUUGGCAUCUUGUAUGUUGCAAAAGAGUUUAAGGAGAGUAUAUGGAACAAAUAUAUAUAGAAAUUUAUCUUAAAUGAAUAUAUUAUAUAUGGAACAGUAUGCUUUCACACUUUGUUUCGUUGCCAUUUUUUGCUUCAUGGAUAUUUAUUUAAAUGGUUGCAACAAUGGCGCUGACAUUAAUCGUGAGGAUGGUGUUGAGAUGUAUUUAUUUUACAGUUGUCAGAGAUGAAGGGCACAGAUUUGGUUGUCAUCUUUUUUUUUUUGUUUUACUUUUUGCUCCUCUCAGUGUGGUGUGGCUGCUGCUGCCCUCCUGGCUAAAGAUGAACCAAUAAACAGAAUUUCAAAA